GUUCGAGCGUGACCACUUCAAUGAGAUGGAUACGGCUCGUGAUGCUAUUCGGAAAUGGUAGGGAUGCUGAGCUCCUUCCCGUUUCCCAGGCACCAGGCUGCGGUUGGUCGUUCCUUCUCUAAGCUUUCACUCCUCGCCUUAGCGACAUCGGAAGACUUCUUCAUUCACUAAACAUGCCGAAAUUCAUAUUUUCUACUCCACUCUCUGAUCCUUCGUCCUCCACCCUCGCGCAUCAGCCCCAGGUCAGCUGCGCACACAGAGCACUUCUCGGUAGCGCUUCAGCAACUCCUCUCGAGGACCUACCGUAGGUGGCCGUCGGCAAAGCUCUCCUCGCCUGGCACUAGUACAACAUGAAGUUUGCAGCACCGACCGCCGCGGCGGUGGCAAUCCUGCUAUCUGUCGCUUCAGCCGCGCCCCAGGCGACUCCACGCUCCAGCGGGAUGGUAUACAGCUUUUCAGAUCUAAACCCAACGGCUGAUCUCAUGUGGACACCCUGCUAUGACAACUUCACGUGUGCUCUCCUUCAAGUCCCUCUUGAUUACGAAGACCUUUCCGUCGGAACCACGAAAGUCGCCAUCAUCAAGAAGCCGUCAAGCAAUGCUUCUGCUGAAGACUUGCUAGUCAACCCUGGAGGGCCCGGUAGCUCUGGCGUCAACCUAGUCCUCAACAACUAUGGAACCAUCGCCGCUAAGGUUGGCUCUCAAUUCAACAUCGUCGGCAUUGAUCCUCGAGGCGUCAAUAAUAGCGGACCGGACCUCGACUGCUUCCGCGGCUACUCUCCAAUCGCGCGGAAUGCCUUCUAUGCAAAUGCAUUCGCGGUGCCAGAUAACACUUCAGAGUACGGUCUUGCGCGCUCUUUUCAGCUCACUGGUGCCUACGGAGACUGGUGCUCGGGCGUCUAUUCUGUCAAUGGCACCGCCAAAUACGCGAACACUGUCGCAGUCGCUCAUGAUUUCCUCCACUAUAUUGAGCUUCGCGAAAAGGGCCUCGGAGGCGACGCUCGAAACGCGAAGCUCUGGUAUUACGGCGUCAGCUAUGGAACUGUCCUAGGCGCGACUUUCGCCUCUCUCUUCCCGGAUCGCAUCGCGCGAAUGAUCCUAGAUGGAGUAGUUGACUCCGAGGAAUACUACAACGGCAAAUGGGACAGCUCGCCUUCAGAUACGGAUCAGGCUGUGCGUUUUCUGUUCCAGGCGUGCUUUGCCGCUGGGCCAGACAAGUGUGCCUUCCAUCAACAGGCAACAUCUUCAGAGGAACUGGAGCAGCGCUACCUCGCUAUCAUGGACUCGCUCAGGAAGUCUCCAAUUGCAGUCGGGGACCCACUGUCCGAGACGACCAUCGCUUUGGGUCUGAUUCCUACAGUCGUCACGUGGCAAGAUCUUAUGAGCGAUACCCUCUCAGUCGCUAUCUUGCCUAGGCUUCAGCUUCGCGGUUUCGUGCAGACUCUCGCCGAACUCGAGACGGGCAAAGGAGAGAGGCUAGCGGCUAUCAUCGAUAGCGCAAACAUCGCCUCUCCCUACAUUGGUGACACUUUCGGUUUGCAAGCAGCCGAGAGACUCAUUACUUGCCUAGAUGCCAAUGGCCGCUCUAAAAUCUCCACCAUUGAUGAGUACCGGGAUUAUGUGAAUUCGCUGGCGAGAACGAGCGAACAUGGUGGACUUGCUGUAGCGGGGAAUCUUGGCGCCGUCUGCCGCAAACUGGAUAUCUUACCCCCGAAGAGUCAAGUUUUCGAAGGCACGCCGGGUGCAAACAAAACGAGCGUUCCGAUUCUUUGGAUAGGCAACACGGCCGAUCCCAUGACGCCCCUCCGCUCUGCAAAGAAAAUGGCGUCUCUGUUUCCAGAAUCGCGGGUCCUGACCUUCAAUACGACCGGCCAUGCUUCGACCAACACUCCGUCGAAGUGCAUCACUUCUUACACUCAGCGCUACAUGCUCGAUGCAUCUCUCCCUCCUCAGGAUGCCGUGUGCGAACCGGAUGAUUAUGAGAUCCGAUGGUAGAGGUAAGAUCCCGGGGCUAUGGUCGCUCUGAAGGCAUCUCUUGCAAUGGUACAAUACGGAAGCGCUGCAGCUUUCUUGAAUGAAGGGGAGAUACCCGAGGCAUUAGCUGUAUUCUGUGGCGAUACCCAGAGACAACAUAUUCACCAUUUUCUCAAAACUG